AGCCAGUGCAUGUAACGUCGGUCACAGGCGCGCGCGAGAGCGGUAGGUCCCAGGACCCAGGUACAUUUCACAAGUACUUUUGGGGUUGUACUUUCGGUGGUGACUUCCGAAGGUUGGUGCGUAUGAUGUGUAGGCUUAUCGCGUGGAUCACAUUUUUGCAUCAUCUGUGCGAGAGUGAGACAGGAUGCACGAUACGGAACCACCGAGUAUGCAUCUCCCCUCGGAGUCUGGAUGGGUACUGGAUCCGGUGAAGUUGUGCGUAUGCAACAGUCCCUUGCCAGGAGUGCUAUAAUCUAGGCGAGUUUUCCCGCAGCUCUCCAGGUGUUAACAAGUCCAGUGACUACUUGGAAAGUGUUUGUGCGACACAAAGUAAAAGUGACCAGAGAAUAAGAGUUCGAUUGACAGUGAACCUAUCGCGACGGUGCCAAGCAAAAAAUAUGUGUUUUGAGUUAUGUCCCAAUCAUGCGGAAUCUGCUUAUCGCAUCCUUGAAACGGUUUAUUCACAUUACCUGCGUUAGGCAGAUUUCUGCUUCUGGAUAUUGUUUUCAAUCAGUAUAAUUUGCUUUGAUAUUAUAUUGUAAAAACCAUUUUCGCAGCCUGGUGCAAAAUUAUCAUUAUCCAGUGAUUUUAUUCCUGAUAUAACUCAAGGGAAAGAUUGUCCUGAAAAAUAUGAUAUGUCAAACCAAGUGUAGCUUCCAUCCGUGAAUGUGUCGAUGGUAGAGCAGAAACAGGUCGUGAACGAAUCUACGUCGGUGGAUAAAAACGCGUUCACAGAGAAAAGAAUGGGUACUGAAAGUGUUUGUGGAAAUUAUUUCAAUGGUCAGCAAGAAGAGACCGGUUCCGGUAUGGCCAAUUACUACCAACUGAGUGCUUCUGCUGAUCCACAGUCAACGCCCAGCCAAUCCGAGGAAGAAAUGGUUUCAAACGCCGGUGGUUCCGAACGAAACCCAUCCGAACUAGAUUUGCGCCAACACGACCAGCAAAAACAUCAGCAUAGCGGAUCGCCCCGCGAUCCGUCAUCGCUUGCCGCUGGUUCGAACUCUUGGUCAAUCUCUCAGCAAAUUCAGAAUCAUCUUACGAACAAUUCAACCCAUCAGGGAACGGCUCGUUCCAACUGGGCCUUCCCAAGCUAUCAUAGAAUCUACAACGAAACUCAAAACGGACUCGCUGUGGCAGCUGCCCAACAGAGCGAGCAAACGGGAUCGUCCCAAAGUCAUCCGCAGCAUCACAAAUCCCAAAUGCAGCACCACGGUGGAUCGUCAUCGCAACACAACAAUCAACAUCAGCAUCAAUAUCAUCAGGGUCACUCCCAACAUCACCAUCACCACCAGCACCAGCACCAGCAACAACAACAUCAGAUGCAGUCGCAUCAACAUUCCACCCAACUUACGUCCACGGCCGGAAUCAAUGGGUCAUCCUCGGGGAACCCGCACGGUCCGCAACAUCUGCCAAAGCGGUUCUACUAUCCGUCAGUCUUUCUAUUUUCAGGUAAAUCAAGCAAUAACAAAGACAUCUGCGGCGACGACAAACACAAAGAGGAUGGCGACCCGUGGAACGUCGAGGCGCAGGCGGCUUUCCUGGGACCGAACCUGUGGGACAAAACGCUACCAUACGACUCUGAUCUCAAAGUGCACCAAUACGCUGACCUCGAUGAAUUCCUGUCAGAGAACGGCAUCCCCGUGGACGGUUUGCCGAGCAGUCACCUGGGCCACUCCACCAGUCUCACCGGCCGCUCCGACAGCUUGGGACAUUGCGCGGGCCUCUCGCUCGGUCUCAGCCAGGUGACGACGAAACGGGAACGCUCACCAUCACCCUCAGACUGCAUGAGUCCAGACACGAUAAAUCCACCGUCGCCGGCCGACUCGAUUUUCGAUGUUGCAGCGUUCUCAAUGUCCUCGACGACGCGCGAUUUCGAUCCGCGGACACGGGCUUUCUCCGACGAAGAACUGAAGCCCCAGCCGAUGAUUAAAAAGUCCCGCAAACAGUUCGUGCCGGAUGAAAUGAAAGACGACAAGUACUGGGCCCGACGCCGGAAGAACAACAUGGCGGCGAAACGAUCCCGCGACGCCCGACGCAUGAAGGAAAAUCAAAUCGCGCUCCGAGCUGGUUACCUGGAAAAAGAGAAUAUGAACCUGCACCGAGAAGUGGAACAGCUGAAACAGGAAAACAUGGAACUGCGUGCCCGUCUAUCGAAGUAUCAAGAGGUAUAAUCUUAACUCAACGUCAUCAUCAGUGUAUCGCACCACGUCCACCAUUGUUAUCACGAUCAUCAACAACAACAACAACAGCAAUUAGCGACAGUAACAACAACCGAUGAAAAACCCCUCCCAACCAAAUCACCAAAAAACUUCACACCAGAAAUGGGAACGUUGUACAAAACUGCUUUCAGCAAACAGAAAAAAUAGCAACACGCCGCCGAACAGCAACAAGAGGUGUACCAUCAACUAGCGCGCGAGAGAGAGCAAAUUAGCAACGCAAGCAAGCGGCCAACAGAAGGAGAGAGUAACAGCAACAAUAGAAUCGUUACCAAAAAAAAGAAAAAUUAGCACACACGCGGGCUAGAGAAUGUAUAGAACAAAACAAAAAGUGUUGAUUAGUUUGUUAGAGUAGAGAAAGAAAACAAAAGCUUACUAAAGGUAGAAAAAAUGUAGAAAAUGACACACUCAAAGCGCGGCUUUUUAAAACAAAUAGUAAAAACAAGACAAAACAGAAAGAGAGAGAUGCAUCACAGCGCAAGAUUUAGGUAGCGAAUGUUUAUGAGCCUCUAUAUGUUAUUUUUUGGUUUUCAACUAUUAAGGGUGCUCAUACACUGUUUGACCGAAGCCAAAUAUUUGACUCUUUUUGACAGAUAAAAUUUGGUCAACGUGUACUAAUCAAAUAUAUUCUACGCGAAACACGACAAGCAAAUAUUGAAUUAUUGGAUGCCUAAAAUAUUUUUUCAGUCUGUUCUUCGAACCUGUCGGUACAUGGUUAGGUUACCUUGAAUAUUUCAGUUGAUUUUUUCCAUGUUCGGUGUUUGAUAUUGUUUACUACUGUUGAAAAUUGAAGAGUGGCAAACAAAAUAGUGUUUGUACAGAUAUCAAAUCAAACCUUAUCUGUCAAAAAAUAACAAAUAUUUGACCUCCGGGCAAACAGUGUACGGCCACCUUAAGAAAUUUAUUUCGGAGAACAAUCAAAUUGACUAAGGUGAGUAAUCGGCAUCUCUUUGACAGAUGCUUGAUAUCGAACAAAUGGUUGAUUUUGAUAGCUUGACUAUUAUUGUUUUUAACGGGACAAUACUACCAUGGGUGCAGGGGUGAAUUACCGAGCGGUAUGAGGAUGAAGAGAGGGACAUCCAUGCUAGUGUUAGGCGAGGCGAGUCGGAUACAAAAGAAACGAAAUACUGAUAAGUGCACUAUAGAGAUCACUUCCGGGAUAAUGCAAUGAUAAAUAAGUACACAGUUUGAGAUUCGAUUCAGUGGAGCUGAGUGUGCUGAUCCCUAGAUGGCACUGGUAUCGAUGGGAAGGAAAGAUGUAUCGCGUGACGAAGAUUUUAUAGCAAAUUUGAUAAAUGGUAAUUUGAACUUUUUUUUUUACAGAUUUAACGAUAGUAAUUCUGUUUUGUUCACUUGUUAUCACAUCAUUCAUAGAACCGUGUACAGAUUAGUUUGCUUACAUUCUCCUCCAACAUUGAGAGACAACAAAACGCUUAACUCUUGCGACAAAUUAGAGAACAUUCGGGAUGCCGAAAACCUAAGCUAAUAACGAUCGUGCAGCGUGAAAUGAAGUAACUAGUUGAUGUAGGGCUGUGAGUUAAAUAAUGCGCUGAAUUGACUUAAUUGUACUUUUCCUAAAGACACAAACGUCCAAGCAUCCUCUUCUGGGUUUCGGAAUCGGAAAACAAGCUUCAGUUCAAGCAAAAACAGAAACCUUUAAAUCAUCCUUCGAGCAGCUAAAACUCACCAAGAAUUGUUUCGGAUAAUUUCGAGAGUAAUAAUCAAAGCCUGUAUAAAAAAUAUUGCGCCGCGGCAUGUUUGUAACUGAAUGAAAUUAUAUUUGUAAAUAGCGUCUAAUCGUAAGAGUUUAUCAACACAACGGCAAAUGAAGAAAAGAGAAACUAAAGUAUAUAUUUACAAAGAACACUCACUGAGACGGAAUUUGACUAGCUGACUUCGAACAGAUCAGAUUAGACUAACGAGCGUGAACUAACGAGAAUGCUGAAAAAAAAAUUAACACCCUAAUUUAAUUAAUUUAUUCUACCAACCGAUUGGUUCUACUUUUCUUUCUCAGAACUGGUAAAAGCAAUGGCUGUCCUCUAGGUUUCCUUCAAUCGCCAACCCCCCCUCCCCCUGUUUCGCGGUAGCUUCUUCUGUUAGUCCAGCAACCAACGAUUCGUUCAUAUGAUCAUUUCACGUACAUGCAUAAAUAUGGUACAUACAUAUAAAAAAAAACACAAACAAUUAAACUGUAGUUACGCAAAGAAAACUAAAAACACGUAUGUUAAUUAGAGCCGAUUGAAGAGGCGAGUGAUGAAUAAAGCAAAAUGCAGCAAAAAAAAUAUCGUUAAUAACCUGAAGGAUUGAUAAGCAUACAAACAAAAAAAAAACAACCAUUAGUAGUCUGAUUGAAAAAACUGUAGUGAUAGUACCAAGAUUGAAAGAGAACCUGUAGUUGAUAAUAAAAUAAAUUUAAAAAAAACAAUAUUAUUAGUGAGUAAUGGAAAAAGAAGAGAAAAAAACAAACAAACAAACGAGUUGAUUGUGAAACACAAGAAAAACAAAACACUUAAGCCUGUGUAUAGAGUAUAUUAAGAAAAACUGAAAAUGGCGUGAGUUGGGCGAAUAUUCCUGAACACAAAUUGAGAGAAGAAAAAAAUCACAUGAUUGAUAGGGUUGAUUGUCUGACUGCCUGAUUGAGAGCGUAUGAUUGAUUGGAAGACACCCACACUUACUCACUCACCGUAAACUCGUGAAAAAAAUGUUACCGGUAAAAUUUACCUUGUAGUUGUAUAGAAUUGUAGAUCAAAGCAAAAGCCACACAAUCGUUAUCAGCAAUCCCGUAAAAAUAGAAACUGUAGGAUACCAAAUUCCACAAACAGCGCGCGAAAGAAUUAGCGAAACCAUCGUAACCAUUUUGGGUUAAACUCAACCCCCCCCCCUUGUUCCUGUUACUGGAAUUUCCGUUGUGUUUUAAGUUAGAAACCUUUCUCAUUGAGUUUUUGUUUAUAUUUUGUUAUUCUUAUGUAGGAGCUAAUAAACAAAAUCAACAUUUUUAGUGAGAGCACCUAGUUAUCCAAGCACACCAACAACACAACGACGACACACAUCCGUUUACAUACAUACAUAGAUUGCCUCUUCCACCCCCGCUCCCGCCCCUCGACGGUGUGAUCAGCAAUUAUCGAAUCGAUCCACAGCGUGAAUGCGUCUAUUUUUCUCUUCUUCUUCUUCAUUGUAAACUAAUAACGGUUAGGUGUUGAUUUUGAAUAAAAGUGAAUAAUUAUUUA